AGUAGCCCUACAGUUCCGUAUCCGGCGGGGACGGUCGGCGCUGCUCCGUCACCGAGUCCGUCAUGCUCGGGCGGCUCUUCUGCGGUCGUCCUCCCCGGCGGCUCAGACCGGGCCGCGCCCUGCUCUCCCUCUCCCUCUCGCUCGCCCUCUACCUCUCCCAGGAGCCCGUCGAGCGGCGGCACCGGCAGUCCAGUCUGCAGCCGGCUGUGGCACCUGGAACGUCUGUGCCGCGCCCCUGGACGACGCUGAGCCAUGUCGCCGCUGUGGAUUUCCGCCCUCUGUCUGGCCCUCGCCGCCAGUCAUGUCUGCUGUGACGAUAACGGAGAGUACGGCCUCAAAGUCGAGUACGACCCGACGCUCUUCAACGGCACAGACGUGCUGAUGGAGGACCGCAACAUCGCCUCGGACUGGAUCCUGCGGGAGCUGCUGCCGCCCGAGCUGGACGCCGAGGACCUGGAGCUGGAGCUGCAGCUGCAGGAGGAGAACAUUGCCGACGCGUGCCCGCCCGGACCCAAGGGCCUGCUCUGCCGGCGCCGGUUCGCGCUGCGCGGCGCCGACGAGUGCGCCGGAGGUCGGUGUGUGAUGUGCCGCCGCUGCGACCUUCUGACGCCCGUCAGCUGGCCCAUCUGCUGCAAGAACCACUUCCUGUGCUGUCGGCCCAUCGCGCGCGCCUGCCAGUCCUGCAACGUCACGGAGCUCGUCUCGUUCUGCCAGGACAAGUUCGGACGCUGCUAGGCCCGGCGGCACGCCCCGCGCAUACAGCGAGCUACAGGGGCUCGUAACGAGCUCACACCUCUGUCCGAGCUGGCAGAGCGCCGACGGUGGGUCCGCUGCUGUGGUCGAGCUCCACCUGAAGUCGGCGUGAUUAUGUGAGAUAUUCUCAUCUCCAGCCGGCUUCAGUCACGACGCAUAUUCUCCGACUUAACUAUAGACGGUUACGGUUGUCAAAAUGCGCUUGAGGCGCAGACUUGAGUCGCCGAUGAGAAAGUACUUCAGCCGCCCGUAUCUUGAGUGCCCCUUGUCCGCUGCUGAUCGCUAGCUGAUAAUUGGCAUUUGCAAUCUGAUACGCACAUAUAGCUGAACCGGGCCCAGCUCAGCGGCGGUUCAGCUGAUCGUGGGAGGACAGAAGGCCAAAAUUCGAGGUGCCAAGUGACGUGCCGCUUUUGGCUGACCUGAGUUAGCUAUCGUUUCAAUUUCUUUUCAGCCCUUCGUGUAACAAUCAUUUGAGCUUAUUGGCAAUCAAAUUUCUACUUGCACCAAGUUCAUUCGAAGUGCCUAAAGUCGCAUACAACAUGUCGAACAACUAAAACUAGGCCCGUAACUCUGAUGAUGUUUAGCUGUAAGACGAUGUAGAUCUGUCGUGAUAUUUAUUGUCUGUGUGCUCGUGCCGUCUCUGAGAGUGAACUCCGUCGGCCUCUAAGGCACGAGUUCCGUCCAGUGACCUGUCGUGGAUCGCAGAGUGCGUGUCCUGUGCGUUACAUGGUUCAGUAGUCAGUGCGGCACAGCACAAUACACAUGUGA